GCCGGCUGAACUCGAUUGAUUGCAUUCGCGGCCCACGGGACGAGUCCGUCUGCUGCUCGCCCUCGUCCCCGAACCCUCGUCCAGUCGUCCGUCGGGGCCGACUCCGCGCCCACCUCGACCAUCGCUCCUCCUGUCAGCUCCUCGCUCUCUCCGUUUAAUUCCUUCCCAUACUCUCCUUUCGAUUCUCCAAACAGGAUCACCAAAAACUGGCAACUAGUUGAGUGGAUGAUCCUUCAGGAAAGUCAGCCAGCUGUGGAAUGCUAUGAGAACAUUUCUUUGGAUGCUUGUAGUCCAGAAUGCCGGGCUUACCUUUGGCUGUUCGUGAAACCACGAACCUUGGCUGCAGUUGCGGCCAUUCCCGGACUGCUGAUCAAAUGUGUCGUCAGCAGUCUCGUGUUCGUUUGACUGCUGAGGAGCAACGUGCAGCUGAAGAAAGUUUUUUAUUAUAUUGCAAGCCGGUUGAACUGUACAAUAUUCUUCAACGUCGAGCAAUAAAAAAUCCUUCCUUUCUUCAGAGAUCCUUGCUUUACAAGAUACAGGCAAAGCGCAAAAGAAGAAUUCAGAUAACUGUAUCACUUUCUGCGAAUAUAAAUGCUGAGCUGCAACCACGGGAUGUAUUUCCUCUAUAUGUGUUGUUGGGCAGACCUGUCACUGAUGCUACCCUUCCAGCGCUGUCUGCGAUAUAUCGGCUCAGCCGGGCGUAUUUGCUAUCUUCUUUCUGUGAAUUUGGGAAUAAAGAUCAAACAGAAGCGACUUUUGUAAUUCCCGAUAUUAAUAAGCUGGCAACUGGUUUGCGAGUUAGUGAUCUGUGCAUUAUCCUUGUUAGCAGCGGGGAAUUUCGAGAAGUUUUGAGUGAGAAUCACCAAUCAGAGAACCAUGUGCAACUUGUUCCUUUUCCAAAACUUCAAGGAAAGUACCUUUGUGGAAAAAUCCCAAUUAGUUCACUUUGCUCAUCGCUGGAACAGUGUGUAACAUUAAGUUUGGGGCAUCAAUCUGAGAUGGUUCCAACAGUCAGCAUGAGCCCGAGCUUCUUGGAGCCAAAAUUUCUGGACCAGAACAAUUGUUUAACUUUUCAUUCGCAUAACAUAGGAUCUAUGGCUUCCUAUCAAUUGCGAGUAAGCAUAUGUGCUCAAGAGGUUGGUGCAAGAGAGAGGUCUCCUUAUCAUUCUUACUCGUAUGACAAUGUUCCAACAUCAUCAUUGCCCCAUAUUAUACGGUUGAGAGCUGGAAAUGUACUUUUCAACUAUAGGUACUACAACAAUACACUACAAAAGACUGAAGUUACAGAGGACUUCUGUUGUCCUUUCUGCUUGGUGCAGUGUGCAAGUUAUAAGGGUUUAAGAUGUCACUUGACUUCCUGCCAUGACCUUUUCAACUUUGAGUUUUGGGUAACUGAAGAGUAUCAAGCUGUAAAUGUAUCUUUGAGGACUGAUGUUUGGAGAUCUGAGGUUGCAACUGACGGGAUUGAUCCAAGGCUGCAGACUUUUUUCUAUUGCUCGAGCCUCAAGAGGUGUAGGAGAUCCAAGAAAUUUAAUCAGAAUGUAAACCAUGCACACCCGCAUUUUCUGGAAUCUGAUUCACCUGAGGAAGCCCAAGCAGGGAUGGAUGUUGAUUAUCUUCAAAGGCAAAAUGGUAGAAUACUCAUGAAUCCGAGAUUAACUGAUGGUCGCACUCAUAAAGAAGAGGGGAAGCUGCCUCGCAAAUCAUCAGUCGGUGAAUCUCAUUUUCUCUCUGUGAGACAAAAAUCCGAAAGCUUUGGUUCUGAGAACAAUCAUGCUGUGGAAUGCAUGGAGCCUGCCUCAUCUAGUCCUGAUAGUGCUGGUAUAGCCCAGGGCUCCAUGACUAAUGAUGGUGCUCAGCAGCUAGCUGGUGGCAAUCUCAUACCGCCAACUGUGCUUCAGUUUGCAAAGACACGAAAAUUAUCAAUUGAGCGAGCUGAUCCUAGGAAUCGUGCACUUCUUCAAAAGCGCCAAUUCUUUCACUCUCACAGAGCUCAGCCAAUGGCUUUGGAGCAAGUGUUUUCUGAUCGUGAUAGCGAAGAUGAGGUCGAUGAUGAUAUUGCCGAUUUUGAAGAUAGAAGGAUGCUUGAUGAUUUUGUUGAUGUGACAAAAGAUGAGAAGCAGAUUAUGCAUCUUUGGAAUUCCUUUGUGAGGAAACAAAGAGUGCUAGCAGAUGGUCACAUCCCGUGGGCAUGCGAGGCAUUCUCCAGACUUCAUGGAAAAGAUCUUAGUCGAGCUCCAGCAUUGCUUUGGUGCUGGAAAUUAUUUAUGAUCAAGCUAUGGAAUCACAGUCUGUUAGACGCGCGCACCAUGGAUGCGUGCAGCUUGAUUCUUGAAAGAUGUCGAUGCGAAGGCUCGCAUCGUGAGCAAACCUGAUUGCUGCAAUCUCAUUCACCCGCUGUACUGGCCAUCAAUUGAAGCAGAAGCAAAUUCGCCGUAUUCAGGCACAUUGCAAUUCUUUUUGGAGGAUAUUUUUGGUCUUUUUCUCCCCAAUUAAUUCUUAAACAUUCUACAUAUCAUCGUAUAGAGGGUGUCAUUAUUGUUUUUCCCUUGUGGCGUGUUACAAAAAUUCGGUGUUUUUUCUUCAACAAGGUUUAAAACAACAGGACUGGUUACAAUGUUCAUCAAGCAUCAUUGUCUUUGUUUAGUUUCAUAUAUAACAUCAUUGCGCUAGUGUAGAUGAAUAGGAUUUUAUGUAAACUUAUCAGUGAAAAUGUACUGAGCCCCAAAACUAUUAUUGGCCAUUUUGAACCAUAUUUCA